ACAACAACAAAAAUAACAACUAGAAAUUGGAGCUAUUCGUGCGCCGUUAGCAGGAAAAGUUUGCUGGCUAGUGUGACCAGAUUUGGAAAACCCACAAAAUAUCAUAAUUACCGUUUUUACUAAUGACACCACAGUGGCUCCAUCUAUCGUUAAGCAAAUCGACAAAAAAUCGCCCAUCACUACAUUUCCAACAAAAAAAAAAUUCCCACCUCCCCACCAAACCUUCAUUCAACACUCACACAAUCUGAGAGAUUUAGUGAACAUAGUGAAGGAAUCCCAAAAAAAUAUGUUAAAAUCGGAGGUUCAACACCAAUUUUGGAUUACCAAAAAGGCUGUUCAACGGAAGCUAGGAUCCAAGGAGGACAAGCAUAUUAUCAAAUCCGAUGCUGAGCUUGAUGCCAAAAUCGAGGUGUUUAAAUCAAUAUCGGAAACCACCCUAAAACUAUGCAAAAUAAUUGACCAAUAUCAGGAGCGCUUGUGCAUUUUAUCGCAAGAGGAGUGUGUUUUUGGGCGCUUUCUGAAAGAGGCGGGCAAACGGAGCAAAACAACGGGCAAUAGUAUCACCCAUACGGGUAAGGCUAUGUCCUUUGCCGGACAGCAACGAAUGUGCGUACGUGUGCCGCUGUUGCGAUUACAGCACGAGGUCGAUGUCUAUCGCUGUCGUGCAGUCAAAGAUACGGAAAUCACACUGCAGGCCAUGGAGAAGGAACGCACCGAAUAUAGAGCAGCCCUCUGUUGGAUGAAAUCCGCCAGCCAAGAGCUAGAUCCCGAUACGGGCAAAGGCCUAGAUAAAUUCCGUACAGCCCAGGCUCAUGUCCGAGCGGCCAAGCACAAUUUCGAUGGCUACUCAAUGGACUCCAUACAAAAGAUUGAUUUACUGGCUGCUGCCCGCUGCAACAUGUAUUCCCAUGCCCUGGUCGCCUAUGUGGCUGAACUGAAGAAUUUCGCCCAGAAGGCCGCCUCCACUUUUCAGAGCAUUUCGAAUGCUUUGGUUGCCAAGCCAAAAUAUGAUUUUUGUGUGCUAAAGGAACUGUCCCAGAACGAAGGAGCACUGGCAGCCGACGGAGAGGGGGGGACAGAGGAACCAGCAGCUGCUGCUGCUCCAAUCGAAACAGUUGACAAAGAUCAAUCUUUGUUCUUUGCGAGUGAAUAUCAGGAUAAGCCCGAAAGUGAAAGCGUUGAAUCCAAAUCUCAGUCCGAAUCAUUAUUAUCCGCCCAUCCAGCAUGUGGCGACAAUGAAUCUUUGCUCAUUGAACUAUCCAAGCAGCUCGAGGAAAGUCCUCUUAUUGAUUCACUGCACGGAGAGGAGGAAGGGGAUGAGGAUCAACAACAACGGGAUGGUAGCAACCAGAAAUUCUGGUCUCGCAUGUUCAGCCAGCCGCCACCGUCCCCCAUGCCAGCAGCAUCAAGCCUGGGCACCACCGCCAACAACAAGACGUCGGAUACUUCAUCAUCAGCAGCAGCAGCUAAUCCUGCCAAAUCCCAGUCAAUAACAGCCAAUAACAAUCCAUGGUUAGAGCUCUUUGCCGAUCUUGAUCCAUUAGCGAAUCCCCAGGCAUUUGAUUUGAAAUUGAGUGGCGGACGUAGUGUGGCCGAACAGACAUAAGAUAGAACGAUGAUGAUGACCCCUGAUGACCACCACCAGUUGGACCCCUUCCCCAUUUAGUUAGUUCGAAAAUGUAGAGGAAUCUUUGUAUGUAACUUUUCGCUAAACGUUCAAAAAACUUUUUAUGUUUUAUUUAAAUAAAAUUUAUAUAUGGGA